ACGGGCCUCACUAGGCUCACUGAGGAGCUCCGACACCGAGAGGGUCUUCUCUUUCGGCGCGCUUUCGGUGCUUUGAGUGAUCGGUAGUCUUCACUGCCGAGUUGUUGGAUUGGUUGAUUCGGAGCGCUCGGUUUUUUUUACGUCUCCGCUGAGUUGAAUUAAGGCUGCGUUGGUUUGCUGGUUGUGCUCAUUCUCCUCUAUACGGGAAGAUGAUGUGGAUUCCGAGGGGAUUUUUUCUCGUAGUUCGAAUGGGAGCGUUCCGUGGUCGUGGAGCAAUUGUAAUUUAGCACUGCGGACAAAAUUGAAGAGCUCUGAAACCUACGGGGAUUGUUGUUGUUGUGGUGGUGGUGGUGGUUCAGGCGGUCUGAUUUGUGUGAAAGUGAUCAAGAAGUGCAUUUCUAGAAAGUGUUGGAUCGUUGGUAGUCAUUUGCAUGUGCAUGUGGUUGGAGUAUUGUGAAGAUGAAAUUGGUGCUGUGAUACUAAGAUCUUCGCGAGACGAUUAGCACUUAUGUGCGCUUCUGAGGAAGUUUGAGCAUUUGCUUUCAUCUCCGUAGUAUACAUUGAAGCAUGUCGUGCCAGACAGCAAACUUUGAGUUUAACGGAAGGACGCAGUGCGCGCUGAGAAUGCAAGUGAAAUCUCACCCUUAGCGUGCGCAGCGAAGAGUGUGCCUUGAUUAUCUUUUGAGCUCAUUGCCCGUCAUCUGCCCUCUUAAAAUCUCAAAGACUCGUCCUGUCACCAACAUUCUCCACGGCUGUAGUUCUUAUGAACCGAAGCGCUAGAAAAAUCUGUUCUCGACCCGUAGCUACUGCACUUGAAGUGCAAGUGUUUUUGUAAUCGAUUAAUUUUGUGAUUACUUGUUUUUGAACGGUACCUCGUUGUCACUUUGAAGUAGUUCUUGUUACGAUGAAGUUCGGGAAAAGCCUGCAGAGUCAGAUAGAAGAGACGAUGCUGGAUUGGAGACCACAUUUCAUAGCUUACAUAGAGCUCAAGAAAAGUUUGAAAACGCUUCAGGCUCCUGUCUGUUUUUCUGAGGCCGCUUUUGAAGAAGUGGCGAGCUCAUCCCUGGAAGUAGCGGAUCAAAAUGCGUCCUCAGCCGUGAACAUUGGAGGUCCGGCUCCAGGUCAACGGUCUUUGUUGUACAAACGGCUCAAGAACAGUGUGAAAUUUGUCGACAAUGGACUGGUGAUGGAACAAAUGUCCUCUCCAGACGACGGUCCAUUGGAAUCGGCUGCAUCAAGUGUGGAGCAGUUCUUGGAGAAUGGAUUUCUCGGAAUGAAUGGUGUGAUAGAGAAUAAAAGGCAUGAAUUUGUGAGAAAAGGACAUAAAUGAGCAAAGCUUGACGAUGGGACUACUCUGGUCUCCUUUCUGGAGACAGAUUUCAUGACCCUCCUGAAUAAGGAAUUGAACAAGUUGAACGUCUUCUUUAUAGAGAAGGAAGAGGAGUAUGUUAUCCGCCUUCAGGUGCUACUUGCUAAAAAUGUUGUUUUGAAAACACUCGCCCUCGAUGCUCUUAAAGUAAUAUGGAACGUUCAACAAUUUCACAAGAAUUUGGUAUGGUCUUGACUUGCAUACAAUUGUCUUGAUUUCACUGACUGGUUUUUUUUUGUUUUAACACGCAGAUGCGUACGUCAGACUCUCUCAUCAUGUUCGUCAGCCUCUUUCUCUUUUUCAGUAUGUGAUAGUGAUGCUUACUUUUCGAGCAUCUGCUGUGUGCACAGAGGCUGAAAUACAGAAUUGAGAGAUUGAAGAAAGAACAAGCAGCCAACGACGGACGUGUUAGAGGAAACUGUGGGUAUGAAGAUCUUUUAAAGAUUUUGAGAGACAUUGUGGCUUCUCACGGCGAGAUGGUUC